CAGGCUAGUCAGAGAAGUAUAAAAUAGCUGUAGGGAGCUGAAGCUUUUCACUGCACCACGGUGCACACAAACAUAAAGAUCUGAAAGUGGAAGGAAAAACAACAAGAGUUUUCAGGCUGCAAACCACAUGGCUGGAACUGCAUGUAGCCAGGCGUGAUAAAAAGCUGUUUUAAAUACCAGUGACAGUGAGUGGAAUUUUUCAAGGUGACGAGUCAAGGAUUGUUAAAGGAUUUCGAUAAAAGUCUCAGAGCACCUUAUUUAAAACAGAGCACCUGGAAAUCCUUUCAUCUACAGACAUGAAGCCAGACUCUAUGGCCAUGACCACGUUGGGCAGCAAGCAGGAUGUGGUGUGCAUCUUCGGCACGGGUGACUUCGGCCGAUCCUUAGGACUCCGCCUACUUCAAGCAGGGUAUGAAGUUGUAUACGGAUCACGGAACCCCAAAAAUUCAGCCCUGCUGCCCAAGGGGGCGAAAGUGAUGUCACAUGAGGAGGCAUCUGAGAGAGCCAGAGUUAUAUUUGUGGCGGUACAUAGGGAGCAUUAUGAUUUCCUGACCGCUCUAACUCCGGCUCUUGGAGGAAAAAUCCUAGUGGACAUCAGUAAUAAUCUGAAGAAACAUCAGUACCCAGAAGCCAAUGCUGAAUAUCUGAGCAGACUGGUACCGGGGGCGUUUGUGGUCAAAGCCUUCAAUACUGUGUCAGCCUGGGCUCUGCAAUCAGGGGGGCUAGAUGCUAACAGACAGGUAUUAAUCUGUGGGAACAAUGUUGAUGCCAAGCAGGCAGUUGUGGACAUAUCCCAUAGUCUGGGUCUCACAGCCGUGGACCGAGGUUCUCUGAGAGCAGCGUCUGAGCUGGAGGAGAUCCCACUUCAACUCUUCCCCGAGUGGAGACUCCCUCUUCGCAUCAGCGCCGGUCUACUCGGUGUCUUCUUCCUCUACGUCCUCAUUCAGGAUGUCGUCUACGCUCGGGCUGUUGACAACAAAGACAUCUCCUUCCGCAUCAUGAUCUCUCUGGCCAAUAAGGUGUUUCCCAUGGUGGCACUGGUGAUGCUGGCACUAUGCUAUCUACCUGGCAUAUUGGCAGCAUUCUUGCAGCUCUAUAAUGGCACUAAGUACCGCCGUUUUCCUAACUGGCUGGAUCGCUGGAUGCUGUGCAGGAAGCAGCUGGGAUUGCUGGCAUUGGCUUUUGCUUUCCUGCAUGCCAUUUACACACUGGUCAUCCCCAUCAGAUACUACGUCUACUACCGCAGGGUGAACUUCUAUACGUCACUGAUUAAAGAAAAUAAAAGCUACGAGUUCGACAGCAUCAUGGCUUGGCGCUCUGAUUCCUACCUGUCCAUGGGAAUUCUAGGAUUUGGGCUAUUUGUUUUACUGGGAAUCACGUCUCUCCCAUCUGUCAGCAACUCACUCAACUGGAGAGAAUUCAGCUUCAUACAGUCAAAGCUUGGUCAUUUGACGCUGCUUCUGUGCACAACUCACGGCUUCCUGUAUGGCUGGGACAAGUUCCUGAAACAGUCUGCCUACAAGUGGUGGAUGCCGCCAAGCUACAUGCUGUCUUUGGUGGUUCCGUGUGUGGUUCUGAUUUUAAAAGCCUUAAUAAUUACACCAUGCAUGGACCGUACAAUCACACGCAUACGCCAAGGAUGGGAGAGACCGGGCAAAGCUGACAUGAACAAGGACACGAUGAACAGUCGACCACUCAUCCUCUAAGAACUCACAGUAUUUUUUUUUUUACAUAAAGAUAUACAGAACCCACCAAUACUGUUAUAUGCAUAACCAAAUACACGGUGUAGUCAGAUCCACUUCAGAUUCCAAAAUAUGAGCUAUAAUUUACAGUAUAUAGAGUUCAAGUAAUCCUUAUUUACUCUUUGCUGCUACAACAGGCUUUACUCUUCUUGGAAGGCACAACAUUUUGUCAUUUCGCUGUUAAAAUAUAAGAUUUACACUAAUGGCCAGUACUUGGACACCUGACCAUGACCUUGUUGAACAUCGUAUUUCCAGACAAUAGGCAUUUGAAAAUAACGUCCACAUACUUUUGGCCAGAUAGUGUAUAUAUAUAAAACAAGCCAGCUGAUUUUUAUGAUUAUUAUUGUGUAAAUAAAUCAUAAAUGAAUAAAUGUUAAUAAAUAAAAUGCUCACAAUCCUACAGUUCUUCUCAUCAAAAACAAGCACAUAUUUGCUAUGAAGACACAGAGAAGGUCCACAUUAAAAUAUAAGCAGAAUGUAAACAAAUAAGUUGUUCUGACAGGUAACAGAAAAAUGGAAGUGUGUUUUUUCCUCAGCCAAGGGAUUCAGUUUGGUCCACAGCAGAGUAAUUAUCUGUACUCUUUAUAAUGAAUAAUUUUUCUUUGUCUCCCUCUUUUUUUAUUUAUUUUCAUACUUCUGUGCUAUUUUAUCAUGAGCCUCUCCCAGCGGAUCCUUCUUUCAGAUAGCAUUGAUUCAUUCCUGGACAGCAACUUCCUCCUAUCUGUCUUUACUUCUGCUUUUUGUCUUCAAAGAGACUUUUUCUUUCCAUUUUCCUGAAGGGAACAAAAGGACCUGUCCAUCAUGCGCCUACAGCCUGGUGAAAGCUUGUUUUCUAAUGUAAAAAGCUUUAAAAAAAACGAAGAAAGCCUUUCAAAUUCAAAUCCUGCAAACUGGUUAUUUAUAUCACAGUGAUAUUUAGCAGCGAAUGCACCAGAAAAUGUUGUUUUAUUUGCUGCUUGAGUUUAACAUAAUUUUCUUUAACAUAUCAUUUAAAAAUAUAUUUUUAUUGAUUUAUUUACUCAUUUUUACAAAACACUUCAUUCUGGUUAGAGUCGCAGUGGAUCUGGUGCCACCCUGCAGGUAAGCUAAAUUAUCUCAGAAAGGACACCAUUACAUUUAAUCCGUAACUUAAUCCUAAGGGAAAUUCAGAACUGCUAAUCCACCUUCUGCAUUUUUAAAUACAAAAAGGAUAUGAAAAAAUGUAAAAUUCUCCUGGUCCAAAACCAUGGGCAUAAAUACAGACUUGGCCACCCUUGACAGCUUGUACUUCCACUAUUCCGUCAACAGAACAUUGAUGAGGUACAUCAUUGAUGUUUAAUGAGGCCUGGCUCACAGCUGAUGUUCCAGUUCAUUGGGCUGAAGGUCAGAGCUUUGUGUGGGCAACUGAAGUUCCUCUACUCUUAACUUAACAAACCUUGUCUUGGGUGGAUCUAACUUUGUGUACAGGGGGACAGUCAUGCUGUUGCCACAAUGUUGAAGGCAUAUACUGUAUUUUAUAUUAAAGUUUUAUAUACCUAUUUGCAAUGGACAUGGCUGAAACAUCUGAAUUCAACAAUGCUUUUGGCCAUAUAAUGUAUUUAGUGUAUUAUCAACAUUAUCAUUUUCAUUUUUACCUCCUCUUAAUGCGCUGUAGCACACCCUGGACAGGACACGAACCAUCACGGGCCUUGGCCACUAACCCCCAGGCAAAUUGUGUCUAUUUAUUGACACCUGACCAGUCAAUAGCACCACUGGGAAUUUGAACUCUGGAUCCUAGGUUUGCUGAGGUACCCCAGUGUCUAGUGUAUUUCGUAUAGUAUGUAGUACAGUUGUAGGCAGUUUGGGACUCUGCAGAAAUUAAGAUUUGAGAUUUUUUAAUUAAAUAACAGUAUCCAUUAUGUAUUUUAUUAAUAACUGUAAUAUUAGACCCGCAACCACCUUCAAAACAGACAACAAAAAGAACCAUAAUAAACUUGAUGAUGAUUUUAUUGUAGGAUUAUGAAUUAAAUACAUUUAAUUACUUUAAAAGUUUAACAGAUGCACAGUAUUUCCUUUAGGCUUGAAAGUAAUCUACAUUUAUUUUUAAUAAGUUAAAGAUUACAGUAAACAGCACCUUUCACAAUGCAAAUCCCAAUACUGUUAUAAGAAACUGUUGGAGAGGUUUUUUGUAAAAUUUAGGUCUUAUUAAACUCCAAUAACCUGCUUUAUUAUGAUGGUUGUCGCAUACAAUUCAUAUGAUAGAACCAGGAACACACACGCGACACGUUAGUCGAAAACGAUGCUACACUUAACUGGGUUUAAAUCUUAUAUUCUGCCAUUUCUGAUGUGCCAGGCCGCCAUGACAAAUAGUUUUAUGCAAAAGCUUUGAGUUCAGACUAAUAUUUUUAGCUGAGCUACAUGCCAUUUCUGAGCAGAAUGUGCAAUUCAUCAAACUCCCUGAACCCUAUUGGAUAUUGUAUUUGGGGAAAUGCCGUGACAUUAGAAAAAAGACUCAAUAGCUUCACCUCCCCAUCCUGUGUGAGUGUUUAUUCACACUCAUUCUUUUCAUAUUAUAGAUACCACAGGGAGAAGAAGCAAAGCUUUUAAUGUCUACAAGGUGAUAUGUUUUAUUGGAUAAAAAGACUGCUAAACUUAUUUAUAUAUGGACAAAAGUAUUGGAACACCCCUUCCUAAUUACUGAGUUCAGAUAUUUUGAACAUACCCAUUUCUAUCAGAUGUAAAAAAAAAAAAAAUCAGUUUUGUAAAAUGACAUCCAGUAUGUGUUUUCUUCUUUGUAAUGUUGAUUGUACAACGUGUGCCUGACCUUACAAAUGUUCUUGUGUCUAAACAGGCAUAAAUUCCCAUAGGCACUUCCAAAAGGGGUAAAAACUUUAAGUCAUUGUUUUAAAUAAGAGGGUUGUGGUGCCAUCACAUUAAUGCCCAUGGUUUUGGAAUGGGUUGUCCAACAGCCCAUUGUAAGUUGUCUGAAUACUUUUGGCUGUAUAUAUUUCUUAAUGUGUACUUUUAUGCUGUACAUUAAACAUUUUACCACA